GUUGUGCGUGCGUGGCGGAGGUGGAGCGUGUGACGUACAGCCGGAGAGCAGAGGUGUUUAUUGUUCCUUCGUCGUGGGGAGAAAGAGACCAGCAAACCGGAGAGCUACGAAGAAUACAGACAUUUUAAAAGCUUAAUAAGACAUAAAUAGAGAUACUACAGAGUCUAACACAGUUAGCUACAGCAUAUCUCCAGCCAUGGCGUAUGCGUAUCUCUUCAAAUACAUCAUUAUUGGUGAUACGGGAGUGGGGAAGUCAUGCUUAUUAUUACAGUUCACAGAUAAGAGGUUUCAACCAGUCCAUGACCUUACUAUCGGUGUUGAAUUUGGUGCACGGAUGAUCACUAUUGAUGGAAAACAGAUCAAACUUCAAAUUUGGGAUACUGCUGGUCAGGAGUCUUUCCGUUCCAUCACUAGGUCCUACUACAGAGGUGCAGCUGGAGCUCUCUUAGUUUAUGAUAUCACAAGAAGGGACACUUUCAACCAUUUGACAACCUGGUUAGAAGAUGCACGCCAACAUUCCAAUUCCAACAUGGUAAUCAUGCUUAUUGGAAAUAAGAGUGACUUAGAGUCUCGGCGAGAGGUGAAGAAGGAAGAAGGGGAGGCAUUUGCCAGAGAACAUGGACUUAUCUUUAUGGAAACUUCUGCUAAAACAGCUUCAAAUGUAGAAGAGGCAUUUAUUAACACAGCCAAGGAGAUUUAUGAGAAGAUUCAAGAAGGUGUCUUUGAUAUUAAUAACGAGGCAAAUGGAAUUAAGAUCGGACCCCAGCAUGCUGCCACCAAUGCAACACUUGCAGGCAACCAGGGAGGACAACAGGCAGGUGGAGGCUGUUGCUGAGGCCCCAUAACUGUAUCUGAUUGGUUGGGCCUACUAACCUUUUCUUAACCUCCCCACUCCAGCCCAACCUGCAAAAUCGACUCAUUUACUAGAUGGCUGUUUGUCAAGAGAAAAGCCCAAGUCUUUCACAAUCCCUGUAAAACUUUGAAGUCCAUCUGGGCUCCAGCAGAAAUGGCUAGCUUUCACUUAAAAACAACAAGAUUUUGAGAAUUGUAUUCAUAUCUAUUUACAUUUAAUUUCUAGGUAAAUUGUAUAUUUUUUUUUUUUAUUUGAUGUUUGUUUAUUGUGCCCUUUUGACUUCAAACUGAAUUGUAUUAAAAACACUACAAAGUCAUCUUAGUAUUUUAAUCAGUUUGUGUGGGUAAAUCCCCAGCUAUUAUGGUUACCUGAAGCUUAAUAUAGAAGUGUGUUAAGAGUUGUCAGCCAUUUGAUGAAGACAAAAAAGAAAGGAGGACUGUUUUAAUUCUGUAUUUGUCAUUCGCUUUCUGUAUAUAUAGUUAUAAUUACACGCUUUGGUGUAUACCUACCAAGCUAGAAUUAUUUACUGAAUUUGCUUACAUUCUGUACUGUACAAUUAGAGCUUGAAACUGCAACAGUAUUGCUAUAGUCCAAACCUGCUUUGACACCAUUUUAAUCCUGUUUGACCUGUUUUUUUUUUGUCCCUCCUAUUUACCUUUUACUUAAUUCCCCAGUAAACCCCUAAACUCCUCAUUGUAUAGCGAUAUUGGCUCAUUAUUGUUUAUUCUAUUUUAAUGCCAAAAGUUGUGUUUUCCGAACUAUUUAACCACCUCCUCUUCAGAAAUGAAUCACCUCCUAUCCAGAAAUGGACCAGCUGUUUGCCUUAAAAAAAAAACAAAAAAAAAACUUAAAUCUAAAGUGGUACAGCAAAAGAGAAAAUGAAUGAGGGAUUAAUAAUAAUGUGGAUACUUUAUUAUUAUUAUUAUUAUUAUUAUUAUUAUUAUUAUUAUUAUUAUUAUUAUUAGAUAAAAUGCGCAUGGUUUGCACUAGUUUUAUUUGUCAGUUCAUUUCAGUACACAUCAACUCUAACUUGUCUGAGUAGUUGUGUAAAGGUGUUUGUAGGUAUGUGGUAAACAUCUCGUUUAUUGUGAAAGGGGUGUGAUAAAAGCUGAAACUGGAGUACCUUUGUGACCCUCAACUUUAUUUGCUGUGUUGGUUCUUCUUAAAAUGAAAUGUUACAACAAUUAAAAAUAAAUUCCCUGUGGUUAAACAGA